AGUACGACCGCCGCUUCGUUGUCGAGUGGAUGUAAACAAUACGAGUGACGCGACGUGGCAGUGUAGACGUUCAGUUAAAAUAAUUGAAUUACUAUGUUGUACUUUUUAGUAUUAUUUGCAAUUCUGAUUUAUUUUUACGGUGUGAGAACAUUCAACUACUGGAAAAAUCGGGGUGUUAAACAUGAUUCGCCUAUACCUUUCUUUGGAAAUAAUUUGCGCCAGUUUUUUCAAAAAGCUAGUAUGGCUAUGGUAGCGACUGAAGUGUAUAAUAAGUACCCGGAAGAAAAAGUAGUUGGUUUCUAUAGGGGUACUAAUCCAGAACUUGUAAUAAGAGAUCCAUCUAUUGCAAAAAGAAUUCUCGUUAAUGAUUUUCAGCACUUUUAUGCGAGAGGUUUUAAUCCGCAUAAGAAAGUAAUUGAACCUUUAUUAAAGAAUCUUUUCUUUGCUGAUGGUGACAUAUGGCGUCUUAUAAGACAACGUUUUUCUCCGGCAUUCAGUACUGGUAAAUUAAGAGCUAUGUUUCCAAUAAUUACGGAGAGAGCAGAAAAGUUACAAAUAAUUACAAAAGAAGUUUCAAAUCUUGAUUCAUAUGAUGUACGUGAACUUAUGGCUAGAUAUACUACUGACCUUAUCGGGACCUGCGGUUUCGGUUUAAAUAUGGAUUCUCUGAACAACGAAAAUUCACAGUUUAGAAAAUUAGGAAAAAGAAUUUUCCAAAGAACUCCAAGAGAUGCAUUCAAUGCUGGACUUAAGAUUAUGUUUCCAGAACUUUUUAAAAACAUACAUUUUCUAGCACCUGAGAUAGAAAAAUCUAUGACUUACCUAGUAACAUCUGUAAUGAAAGAAAGAAAUUAUAAACCUUCAGGUAAAAAUGACUUUAUAGAUCUUAUGUUAGAAUUAAAACAAAAAGGAAAAAUUAUAGGUGAAUCUAUUGAAAGUAAAAACUCUGAUGGAACACCAAAAACAGUGGAGAUGGAAUUGACGGAAAUGAUAAUGAUAGCUCAGGUCUUUGUAUUCUUUGGAGCUGGUUUUGAAACAUCAUCGACGGCAUCUAGUUACACAUUACACCAAUUAGCUUUUAAUCCAGAUUAUCAAAAAAAGGUUCAAGAAGAGUUAGAUCGGGUUUUAAGCAAUCAUAAUAAUAAAAUUACUUACGAAGGGGUUAAUGAAAUGUAUUGCUUAGAAAAAGCGUUUUAUGAAGCUAUGAGAAUGUAUCCAUCAGUUGCGUAUAUUGUGAGAAAGUGUUCUUCACCUGAAUACACAUUUCCUGAGAUUGGACUAACAAUUAACGAAGGUGUUAAAGUUAUGAUUCCAAUUCAAGCUAUACAGAAAGAUGAUAAGUAUUUUAAAAAUCCAGAAAAAUUCGAUCCAGAAAGGUUUAAUUUGGGCGUAAAAGAAUAUAAGGAUGUAUUUUUUCCUUUCGGUGAAGGUCCAAGGGCAUGCGUCGGUGCAAGACUGGGCCAAAUGCAAUCGAUGGCCGGUCUGGCAGCAAUUCUACAAAAAUUCUCCGUAGAACCAGCAAAGUGUAGCGUAAAAAAUCCCAAACCAGAUCCCACGUCUAUUGUUUCGGAGGGAUUUGUUGGUGGAUUGCCUCUUAAAAUAAAGAAACGGAAAAUGGAGUAAUCUAAGGAACAAAACAUUAAGUAAAAAGGUUACUUACCAUAGAUACGUCUAGAAUAUUCACUCCUGGGUCGCCCUUUUCUCCCUUAGGGCCAACUGGUCCUGGAGCACCUGGAGGGCCUAAAGUACCUGGGCGUCCCUAAAAUGUAAUAGUUUCUAAAGCAAUGCCAUUUAAAAAAUCAAAAAAAAAUCUAUUACUUAUUUUAUCAUUUUUUUGAUUACCUUCAGGUUCUGUAUUGUAUGCAUGAAAUAAAAUAAGUUUAAUAAACAGAGACAAAGAAAAAUAAGAUUUAUAAAUUAUUACAGUGGUAACUCGACAUUUUAUCAUUUUUUAAGUUUUACUAUAAACAUUGUAAAAAACCUUAUAAGAUUACUGGUUUGUCAUGUUCAGUAUGUUGUUUUUAUAGUAUAUGUUUUUGGAUAAUACUAUUAUUUAUUGUGUACACAACCCAUAAUUUUUCUUAGCUUUUUUUCCUUCUUUAAAGUAAUUGCUGUAUGGCAAUAAGACUAUCCCUUGUUAUCUUUCUAUAUUUUUUUAUUUUAUUAUGGCUUUUUUGUGCGUAGUAAAACAUGGUAGUGUUGUAUUAUUUCGUAAAAUAGUAAUAAAUAUAAAGAAUCAUCUUCAUAAAUCAGAAAAAAUAUUAGUGUAACAAUAGUAGUGCAGAUAAUAUUUUAAGUCAUAUCGGUAUAAUUUUCUUCUUACUAACCAUCCACCCUGGUAGACCAAUGUCACCUUUAUCGCCAGGACGCCCUGGUGGGCCAGGUAUACCUUGAGGACCUUCAAGUCCUCUUGGUCCGGGAGCUCCGGGCCUUCCUCGUCUUCCUCGAAAACCUGGUUCCCCUUUGUCACCCUAUUUAAUAAGGAAAUAUUUAGGAAACAAAAUUUUAUACAAUAUAAAUACAACAUAUUGUCACCGAUAAAUACUGUAAAAGUAUUUAAUUGAUUAAUGUACACUGAUAUUUAAAAGAUGAAUUUUUUUUUGAAGAAAAUGAUACAACUUUAACGGCGCAAAGUACAUUUAUGCAUAACCAUUCUAUUACUAUUUUCAAAUAACUUUUGAUACAAACAUAACAUAACAAAUUUAUGGAUGUCCGAUUUUUUUAUAGGAAUAGUUUGACAAACGAGCACACAAUCCACCUGAUGGGUUGCUGUGGCCCAUAGACAUAAGAUGGAAUGCCUCGUUUCCAGUAAAAAGGCUCUACGGUUCUCUACACUCACCAAACAAAACAUAGCAGCGUUGAGCUGCUAUUUUAUGCUGGUAUUCUGUAAGAGCCCUUCUGUGGUGCUUCCCCGGUCGAGCCGACCCAUUCGUGUUACAACUGUACAAUUUUUAUUUUUAAAUACGUAUGUGUUUAUAUUUACCUACUCACGUCUAGUUUCAGCUUAAAGGCAUAGCAAAAUUUACACAUAUAAAAUUCAGUCUAAUAUUAAUUCUUAAUUGCCGUUAUGACGGAUGUGAACAUUGUUAUAUUGGAUUGUUAUUUAUUUGAACUCAUUGUAUUUGCUUUAAGGAAUAAAAUGCAUGGUAUAAGACUCAUGCGGAGGCUGUUUUUUUCUUAAUCCCAUAAUGGUUGAUUCAAUAUUUCUCAGUUAUCAUCCAAAAUACUAGCAUUCAACGUUUUAUUUUUAUCUUCCUUCAAAAUUUUACUGCAGACAGCAUUUUUGCAUUUUUUGGAAGUUUAGAAAUGAAGACUUUAGAAAUGAGUUGGAGGGUGACUCAAACUUUAGGCCUAGUCGGUUUCAAUAGCCUAUCAUGUAGAGGAUGUCAAGGGGUCAUGGUUGAAUAGGGGCAAAUAGUUCUAAUUAUACUCCUAGGGGGUCAAAUGUACGAAAAAUCAAAAAAUUAAAAAUUCUUAUUUCGGCUAUAACUCCGCCUCCUUCGGAUGUUUUUACACAGUCUUUACUUCCCGCAUGCCACUAGAAAAAUUUAUAAAUACAUUAGUCCCAAAACAGCUAUAACGUAUGAUUAUAUAAUAUUCUAUUCCAAUGUCAUAAACAUUUUACAGAUUAAUAAAUACAACAAAAAACCUGUUGUAUAAUACGCAAAUAUCCCGUAACGAACUUACAUUCGAAAUUAUAUUUAGAAGUUUCUGUGCUUACUUUCUUUGAAUCGACAUUUAAAAUUUCUUGUUAAUAUGCUGAUUUAGUUCAAAGUAGAAUGGAAUAAAAUAUUUUUUAUUCAAUAUAGAUUAUUACAUAACUUAUUGAAAGUAAUUUCUUUAUUCACCACUAGUUCCUAAAGUCCUGAGAAGAACCAGCAAGAAACCCAGCGAGAUUUUAUUAAAAGUGACCAUGGAAGUGACUGAAAUACAUUUUUUUGUAUGUGAUUUGGUUUUAUUCUGACAUACAUAACAUAGUAUGUUUUUUGUCAAUUCCAGCAUGCAAUUAAAGCAGAUUUUCAUUCU